UUAACCUUGAGAGACUUGCGGUUGUGGAGCACCGCAACAUCGCCCCCUGUUGCCCCGGACAACACAUGACAUGUCUGCUUUUGUCAGCAACAACCAGCCGAGGCAGACAGUCGUUAUUAGCCAGCCAGCAACAAACAGCCGCCUGAAUGUAGAUCCGCAUGGGCUGCUACAGCUCCAUCUCUCUGAAAUACCCGGCUUAAUCAUAGGAUACGGAUCCCAGGAUGGUGUUAGUGCAUGUAGGAUAUCUGGUUCUUCCCGUGUUCGGCUCAGUAAGAAACAGAGGAUCCCAUUUUAACCGGCAGCAGCAGCACAGCCAUGCUACCUCUUGCCGGCACUUCCAGUUAGGUCCUCAGGCCCAGCUGCCCAUGGACUUCCCUAUGCCCCACCCAGGGCAGCCACAGGCAGGCAUUAACCCCCACCUGGCCCCACCCGGCCACCAGCACGGCCCUCCCCUUCACGCGCCCCUGAACCCGUUGCCCGCUCCCCAGUUCCAGGACAUCCCCGGCCCACCCUUCCUACCUCAGGCAUUACACCAGCAAUACCUCCUCCAGCAGCAGAUCCUCGAGGCCCAGCACCGACACAUCCUGCAGCCCUCCAGACGCACCCCAGAGAGAGUUCCUCACCAGCCCCACAGACUGAGACCUGGCUACGAGUUUGCCCCUCCUCUCCAUGUCCCUCCUCAACCUGUGGUGCAGCAACCCCGUUACCUUGCUGAAGGCACAGACUGGGAUCUGAGCGUUGAUGCUGGAAUGCCCACUCACCAGUAUCACAUCCACCCGCUGCCACAGCACUAUCAGCACUACUUGACCUCCCCGAGGAUGCACCACUUCCCUAGAAACAAUGCCUCAACGCAAGUGGUUGUCCAUGAGAUCAGAAACUACCCUUAUCCCCAGCUGCACUUGCUGGCUCUGCAGAGUCUCAACCCUUCCCGCCACGCCUCUGCCGUCAGGGAGAGCUAUGAGGAGCUUCUGCAGCUGGAGGACAGACUGGGCAGUGUGAGUCGGGGAGCGGUCCAAACCAUCAUUGAGAGAUUCACUUUCCCCCACAAGUACAAAAAGAGAAUACCACAGGACCUGAAGAUGUGUCUGGAUGACGAGGAGCUCGACACGGAUGAAAAGUGCACCAUUUGUCUAUCGAUGCUGGAAGACGGGGAGGAUGUCAGGAGAUUACCCUGCAUGCACCUCUUUCACCAGGCGUGUGUGGAUCAGUGGCUGGCCACCAGCAGGAAGUGUCCCAUCUGCAGAGUGGACAUUGAGACCCAGCUAACCCCCGAGAGUUGAUAGCUCCUGUCGACUCCCGCGACUAUAGAUCUGGUCUCGUUUGUUCUCCAUCGCCUCCCUCCUGAAUGAGGAGGGGGGGGGGGGGGCGCUCAGCCAAACACCACUCUACACUUCUGCAUCUCUUAAAGAGCCUGCCUUCUGAGACGGCUGCGACAGAGGGAUCAACAAAGCACACUCACUUACAACACAAGGAGGGAGUGGGGUGGGGGGUGGUUGAUGCACAGAUAGGACGGACAUUUCUGGACGUGUGAAGGUAGGAGUUGUAUGGACAGAUGUGCUGAGUCCUCACCUGUCCCCAUACUGCCACCGUGACCUCUGACCUCCCAGCUCAGUGUGAUGUAUUCGGGCCGUUUUGCUGCCAAACCUUACCUACCCCCGCCCCCCCGCCCACCCACCAGGCGUGUGAAAAAAUCUUUAAGCUGCUCUCCGCCCAAGCCCUCGCUCAGCACAUCUGUACAGAACAUUAUCAAAUGAUUAGCAUGAGGUCGUGUGGUGUGAACUCUUGUAGCUGAACGCUUGUGAUGUCAUGGAGUAUAGUACUGAUAAAGUAUUUACAGAGUAACAGUGUUGUGUAGCAAAGCUAAAAGCCUUUUGAGAUGUGUUUGAAAAAAUGAACCCACAGAGAGGGGCAAGCGCGGGUUAAUCGGAUUCUGUGUUCAAAUCACGAGCAUUGAGAUUUAAAAAAAGUCCACAAAGUCCCUCUUCUCACGUCUAACAUGGAUUUCCAGUUAGUUGACGCCAUCGGAGUUGACGCUGAACCCGCUAACUGCAGGCAUGGCUUUCAGUGAUGUGUGUAGUGUCGUAGUCGGGCCUCCACCUUGGAGCCGAGGCCUCGGAUGUGCAUGCUGUAUGGCAGGCUUGGGCUGUGUCGUUGAUAUUGUGGAGCAGUUUAGAAACAGGGAUCGUGUCUGUGCAUGUGAACCGUACUAUUAUGAUCCCGCUCAUUCAUAGAGGAGAACAAGAAUGCACCUGUAAUACGCGCACACACACCCUCACCCACCCCCUAAAUCACCCCCAUAACUCUCGAGUCGCCCUUAGACGCUGAUCCCACGUCGGUGCGGCGUUUCUCUCCUCUUUUAACGGUCAGGACUCAAAGAACUGCGGCCGGAUCGGCAUCUAACGGCAACUCUCUGCUCUGCUGCCUCCACUUGAUCAUGAUCACGAGGGGCCGCCGCCGCGGGCUCGAGGACGCAGCGCCCGAGUCCCGCCAUCAGAGGGACGUUUCUAUUCUUACCAGAACCUUAUUGCCUAUCGAACAAGCACAUGUGAUUCCUAGAAUCGCCUCUGUUGUGUGUUGGCUUCUUUAAUUUCAAUCUAAGUUGCUGCGGCCGUUUGAUAAAAAUAACAGAUAAACUGUGUCUGGUGUUACAGGGAAAAUACAAACUAGUUUGCCUGUGAAAUGUGCUAGAAUGUGUAUGAUUGUCCCCCACCUCACCCUCUCCAGCCCCCCUUCAUGGUGCUUGUGUAUGGUAUUGCUAGAACUGUGAUCAGUGAUAGAAGCUGUUUCUCGACAUCAUGCAUGAACCAUGUUGGCGUAUUUCACUUGAAGGAGGGUGAAAGGGAGAAAAAGCCAUCCAUUUGAAAAAUACCAAACAACUGUUCUCAACAUUGAUUUCUUUUAUUUCAAUUGUCUUUUUCUACCAUUUAAAACAAUAAUAUCUGUUUGUUCUUUUAUUUUUUCUUUUAUUUUUUUUCUCACCUGCCAAUUUGGACAUGGUACCAACACACCGGUGUCCAUUUUAACCAUAGUGAAGAAGAAAAGCUGCAAUGCUGCAAAAACAUAUUUAUUGUUGUUCUAAUGUAGCUUGUGUUUCGUAAAUGCACUAUAAUAUGGAGUUGCCUGAUAUUUUUGGUUUGGUGGUGUGGGUACUUCUUGUCCUAGAUUUUGUGUUUUCAUUCAUUUUAAAAAGUAUUUUCAUGCUUCCUCGUGUACUAUUGGGGGGUAACUUGACUGUUGGUGUUGCUUUAAAAAAAAGUUAUUUUCAUUUUUUGUAUGAAACCUCUGUCCAAAAAAACUACAUAUAGAUGAAAAUGGAGGUUUGCUAGUUCACAUAGAAUGCUGUGAUUAAAGAUGCCUUAAGUAUUUAACAAUCAUUAUUUAUUACUAACUGUAGCUAGCUAGCUAUUGUGGUGGAAUAUUUAAUGUCUCUAUCUCAUAACUUUGCAAUUUAAUCAAUAUAUUUAUUUAAAAUAACACAAAAUACUAAAAAAAUACCUCAUUAUGCAUUGGUUGGUGGGGAUGCUUGUGCAUGCCGUCUGUGUUUUCUUUUUCAAAGAAGAAUCUGUUGGAAAAAGCGACUGGGGGGGUGUUUCCCGACCUGUUUUCUAGCCAGCGUGGUGCUGUUGAUCUAGACUACAUUCCACUUAUUUCAUCUCUUCAUUUUGAAUGUUUUAAUCCUGUUUCCAGGGCCAAACCCUGCCAGUCUUAGCUUGAUUUUCUCCCGAAAUAUGACCGCUUCACUCGCCAAUAACCCAUAUUUGAUUUAAGUUUUUUGGGGAAUUUUCUUUCACGAUAUUCAUUAUAUUUCAUUUGAGUGUUUAACGUUUUAGGAACCCACGUAACGAGUUGAAAUAUUUGUUCCUACAUGUUGCUGGCUGUUGCUUUGUGUGGGAUUUAUGGGACUUAUCUAACAUGCUGACUUGAGCCAUCGAUUUCUUGAGCAAACUUCUGGUGUACUGUGGUUUUACAAUAUUAGAUGUUCCACACCUCGAUAUGAUAAGCUAACUACGUUUUUUCGGUGUGCAUUUCCUCUUAAUCCUCUACUAAUCCUGCAAAAAUAUUCUAGCGUGAAUUGAAUUGGAAUGAAGCUGACUGGUCUUACUAUUAUAUCAUUUCGUGCUCUCACUGGCCUUACCCCAUGCCGACCCCCCUCCCUCGGCCCUGCGCCCGCUACAGUUUAACCCCCCCCCGUAUCUCCAGACUGAACUGGACCGUAGCCAUAGUAUUAACUCAAGCUGAUGAACCGGAAUGAACAGUAGAAACUCAAAGCACAAGCUUUUUAAUGCAUGUCCUUCUCAGGUUUUCCUAUGUGUAUGUGGGAGUAGCUCUGUAGAUGUGUUUAAUAUGAUGCUGUACCUUCUUGAAUAUUUCAGAUGUUUCUUUGCUGCUGAAAAAACACGUUGAUUUUUAACCUGCCAGUGAAAAAGGGAAGUGGCCAUCUUUGUACAACACACUGCUGUUUUGCUGUAACCGCGCAACGUUUUACGAUCUUGACUAUUUUAUAGAAAUGUAGAAGUAUGUAUCAAUAAUAUGAAAGCAAUAGCUAAAUCAUAAUGAAGAAUAACAUGAUCAGUGAAUAUUGUGGAAAAAUCUUUAGAUUCACUCUGGGUGGAUUUUUGUACUGUAUUUAUUACUAAUGAUGAUGCAAAAAGUUGCAUAGCUUAACCCAAACUGUUCUGUCUCUUUUUUAAUUUAUUGUCUUGUAUAUGACCUUUUUGUAUGUGUUUUUCAAAUAAAUUGCCUAAAAUGCUGAUAA